AACGAGGACUACAAAUAGGCUCAGCUGGACUAGCUUUGAGACAAAAUAUCCCUUUAUUGUUUUACACGCUUUGUGUCCAAAUAAAACCGCCCAGAAAACAAUAUCCGUUUUCUUGUCGAGGAAGACAACGGACAUUCCAAAGCUAACAAUAGGCUCUUUAGAACUACGUUUCCCGACAGCCUCUACGCCGGCACGUCGUUGACGUCACAAUAAGUAUAUAUGGGUCCCGUGCGGCAUUCCUUACUCUAUUGUUACAUUGUAACAAACCGGGGCAGAAGAGAGGCCCAUAGGGUCCUCGGGCCGACAGAUACUACAACUCAUUUUUUGUUUUUUCUUUCCUUCGAGGUGGAAAUAUAACGUUGCGAUUUGUCUAAACAUAGCGCAGAGCACAACCACCUAUCCGGAGGGAAAAAACCCCCGAAGCUCGGCUCUAUUUGGUCUUUUUGAAUGCUGGCAUUUUAAAGGAUCACCUAGAGAUUUUAUCUGCAUGUAUUGGAUGCAUCCACGCCGGGAUUUUACAUUUCUAGUGAAUGAGGUUCUUGUCUGUCUUCGUCUGCCCCGGUUUUAAUCUUUACAGAGCUUGAUUGCAACGUUAAAUGCUCGCAUAGGCUUCUUGAAACACAGACCCCCAUUUAUAGACCAUGUCAAGACUAAUGUCCAUUGUUUACGAUGCUUAAUUUUUCGUGAAUAAACUGCUAUUUCCUCAUUGGUCUGGCCAUUUCGAUGGGCUGAAGUCGCUUUUGUCUGUCAUUUUGUAACCUUGUGGAAGUCUAAAGCUGAAAUAGGCUCUAAAUCCCCCCCAAAAAGAGAACCAUCCAAAUAAAGGAAGCACGGAACGAGCGACAGCUUCGCCGGUUUAAAGGCUCUCUAUUUCUGCCCAAGACGCAGUGUUUCCAUGGAGACAGUGUCAUCUCGCGGCCUGAAGCGCAGAUUUGAGGAGGUGGACAGCGGCUCGCCGUGUUCCACACCCAAAGAUUCAGAUGAUGACAUCUCCAGCAGUGACAGCGCUGACAGCUGCGACAGUCUCAAUGCUCCCUCCAGCUCUCUAACACCCCCCUCCAUUCUCAGAAGACACAAAGUGUCUUUAGGUCGUAAGCAGGUACGCUUUGAUGCGGUGACGGUCUACUACUUCUCCAGAAGGCAGGGCUUCACCAGUGUGCCCAGUCAGGGUGGCAGUUCCCUGGGCAUGGCGCGCCAUCACUGCGCUAUACGACAUUACACCCUUGGCGAGUUUGCACGAGAACAAGAGAGCAGCCACAAGCAUGUGCUGCGUCAACACCUACGCCAAGAAAAGCUCAAUGCUCGCAAGUUAAAGCUGACACGGAAUGGAACUGUAGAUUGUCCUGAAGCGGAGUUGCUUACCCUGGACGACAUAUCCGAUGAGGAUCUGGACGUUGAGAGUGUGGAGGUGGACGAUUGCUUCUUCCUGCAGCCUCUUCCUACCAAGCGGCGCCGGGCACUAUUGAGGGCCUCAGGUAUUGCCCGUAUAGAUGCCAGAGAAAAGGCUGAUCUGCGUGCCAUACGUUUGUCCCGGGAGGAGUGUGGUUGUGACUGCCGCUUCUACUGUGAUCCUCGGCACUGCGGCUGCAGCCAGGCUGGAAUUAAGUGCCAGGUGGAUCGGAUGUCCUUCCCAUGUGGCUGCACCCGCGAUGGUUGUGGUAACACCGCCGGCCGCAUUGAGUUCAACCCUCUUCGUGUGCGUACCCAUUAUCUCCACACUGUCAUGAAACUCGACCUGGAAAAGAGAAUCCUGUUGGGUGUCAGGUCUGGAGAGGACUGUGGGGAAGAGACAGAGUUAGUCUCCUCGCCCUCUCUGUCUCUUUCUCCCUUGGACUCGGAUGUGGAAAGCCAAAGUGUUCAAGAGGAGCAGUGCGACAGCCUGGAGCGCGAGAACGAAACGGCCGUGCUUCACCUGCAAAGUGCAGAGGAACGAGAAAGGAGGCUGGAACAAGAGGAGCAGCAGGUCGAGGAAGAGCAGAACGCCGACCCAACCCUUUGCCUCCUGCAGGGUGCCCUGUCCAGUCAGGCUGGGAUGGCGGGCAUGGAAGAUGUUGAGGGAGUCCUUCUAGAGGGGCCUUUUCCUGAAGGUGCCACCCUGUUGUGUAUUACAGAAAACCAUCCAGAUGAACAGACCCAGCAGAGGUUGCUCAAAGACCCUUCUUCUGUCCUCUACUAUCAGGUAGGCCACGUAGAGACGGCAGCCUUUGAGACGCUCCCAGCUAAAGUAGAAGAGGCGGCGAGGGAAGGUGACGAUCCAGAGACGAAGAGCGUUCAGCAAAAACAAGAAACCUGCGGGCAGGAUUCGGCCAAGAGCUUGUCUGUCGAAGUACCUCCACCUUUCGAGGAUGGUGGCGAAGAACAUCUUUGCCCAAAUGACGGGGAAUGCCUCGAGACGUGCCUGGCGCUGGAUGAAAAGGCAGUACAACUUCCUCCAGAAGUGUAGAGCCCAUCACCUCUGCAGAUGUUUUGCACAAGUUAGUCAUUGAAUUCAAAGAGAGCCUACUCCACACAGUGCGAUAUCUUACAAUUCUGCAUAAUGUUAUUCAAUGUUAAUGAAACAUGUUACCUUCAUGGGUUUGUAUCCAUUUUAGCUGGAGAUAAGCAUGUACUGUGUUUGAAGUAGGUUGUCUGUGGUGAAAAUGAGUAAUUAAAAAGAAAAAAAAAUAGAAUAAUUUAUUUACGAAAAAAAGAAACUCAAGAAGAGCAGAGAUCCUGAUCUGAACAAGUGUUGUUUUUUCCAAUAUGGUAUCGGUUCAUUACUUGAUACUGGUGGGGAAAUGUGGCCUUUAUGUCGAGGAGCAAGCAUUUUCAGGAUUAUCCAGCGGCUUCUUAUGGCCUUCUAGUUUGUAUAGUUUCCAAUAGCGCACCCCGACAACUAAUUGGCACUGACCAGAGGGUAUAUACUAACGUUAAGUUCACGUUUCGUCAGAAUUACUGCAGUUAUGAGACAACUCUGAGCUGGUCAUAUACUCCGACUCAGUUCUAUAGCAAUUCUCAUAACGCCAAAAUGUAUCCAUGCAUCCUUUGUUGCUUAUGACGGAAAAACCUCUUCUUUAACUUGGAAUUGAAUGCACUUAGAAGAGUUUUAAUCAAAUUCAGAGGUUCCAGCCUUAGAAUUACACAAGUUCCUCAUUAAAACAAUGGGUUUAUAAUUCUGCCAGGGCGUGAAUGCAACAUUAGUAUGCUAAUGGCUAAUGCUAACGCAGUGCUAAUGCUAAGAGAAGGGGUUGCUAAUUUUUGAUGAGGCUGCUGUUUGUAGCAUCCUUCCUGUGAAUAGACCCAACAAUCCUGGAAAUACUUGGUUUUCAUCAUGUACUGUACAAGUGUUUUGCUAAGAGCUAGCAUGAAGAUGAGUGAAAAAGCUGCUUGUUCUCUGUAUGCACGUUGAAAACUUGAUUCGUUUGAACUUGCUGACGGGGAUCAGGAGGAUAAAUGAAUGUGCAAGCCAUUUGCACAGCAGUUCUUUACUGAAUUAUCGUAGUCUUGACCUUACACCGUUUGAAGCUGUAGCCUAUCGUCCCAGUUCGUGGACAUUUAUUUAUUUACCACCGCUUUGUAUUGUGAGGGCGAGGACAAUGUGUUUAAUGUUUGAGUACUGUCACCUACAAUCAACUUUUUUUUUUCUUUUUUUUUUUUGUCAUUUUUCAGGAGUGAAUGAGAUCAUACACAUUUAUUGCACAUCAAGCCUUUAUAAAUUACAGAAGAGAUUCUAGCUGUAAUUUUACUUCAGGUAGAAAGUAAAAAUAUUGAGUUUUAUGUAUGGGUGAAUAUCAUAAAACCAUGUCCAGGUCACAUUUUACUCGAAAAUCUAAAUAAUAAAUAAAAAACAAGACAUUUUACAUAACUAAAUAAAGCCUUUUUUAGAAUCAUAAAGAUAUUUUGUGACAGUUCAGCACAUUUUCCCUCCAAAUUCCAUUACUGUAGUGCAUCCACGUUUUUUUUUUAUUUUGUUUAUUACUCUCAAAUGGUUAAUCUCAUACUUUAAUAUAGUAAUCGAAUUACUUUACAGUAAUGAGAAGUUUGGGUGCAAAUGUGAUAACGCCAACAAAACUUUAUGGUAUUAAAAUUUGGCUUUACUUUCUAUUUUAAAUAUGUAAUUGCUUAUUUUCUUUUGCACUGAAAUAUGACUCAUGACAUGAUGUGUUCAACCUUUAAAACAAGUACUCAAAAUCUAAAACUCAAAAUGUAAACCUUUAUGUACUGUAUGACAAGUCAAGGAAGACUUUGAGGUCUAUAUUGUAAUGUUAACUUACACAUGUGACUCAGUUUGUCACACUAGGCCACAGUUUUAUAUAGUCCUCCUGAAACAUUACAAGUUAGAUUUAUUAUAAUUUUCUGUCAACAGUGCACAUCAUUGUAAACGUCCAAACCCUCAUUUUAACCCUGUGAAGACCAUCCUCCUCGUCCUUUUUACCCUUUUUGCUGUUCUUCCCUUUUGCAUUUUUAGUGUCCGUCCCUCCCACAUACCUCUUGUUUUAGAAUAUGAAUAAUGAAGACUUUACCUAGAUGCUUUCGGUUAGUUGUUUUAGUUCACUCCUGUUUAAUGAUAGUUAAAGACAAAGUAAUAAUUUGAAUGGUUAUAUGAAAAGAAAAAAUGGUGUCUUCAAAUAGUAUAAUGAGUUCUGUGAUGUUGCUAAAUUAUUUAAAAAAAACCCAAGAAAAUGGUCAUCUUGCCGUGUGUAUGUGUUUGUAUGUGUGCCAGAAAGAUUCUUGCUGAUUUGAGUGAUGAACCAAUGUUUGUGAGUGCAGUAUUGGUUCUUAAUAUUUCAAAAGGUGCUCUUAUGUUAGUUCUCUCACAUUCAUAGUAACACUAGCCUAUAUGUAGAGAGUGAAAAAAAGAAAUGUUAAAAAUCCACAUAUUGUUGGUUGUAAAUGCAAAAUGUUGCCGUUAUCUCUCUGCUUCUUAUUUACUCACUCUUACAUGUCAUGGGUAAAGGAGGAUGCUUUAUUAUGUGAUUACAUUAGCUAAAUGGAGCAUGUGAGGCUAAUAAUGAAAUUGUUAGCAUGGUUGCUCCCUCAUAUGAUGUAAUGCUCCAAGCAUAAAGCUUGAUUCAAACCUAAACCUGCAAUAAUUAUGUUUUGCAAAUGACCAAUCAAACAAGAAGGAUUUUUGUUUUGUUUUAUACUGUUGCUGUUUAUAAAAAAAAAAUUCUUACUUUGUUUUUGCCUUGUUGUAUGUUAGCAUGUCGUUUCGUCUCAGUUUACUGAAUUAUCUUAAUGUACUGGCUCUCUUUUUUUGUGGGUUUGCCAACACACAUUCCUGCACUCAAAGUUUUGUCUGUAUUGUCUGAACUAGAAUCUGACGUAUCCUUAAAAAUGGUGGCAUAGGGGCCUGCUAUUGACCAAAACAUGGUAGAUGGAAGUCAGUCUUCGUUUUUGUUCAUGUUUUUGACAUUUGAACAUUCGCCAGUCUAGUGGUCUAAAACCUAAUGGCUUUAAAAAGGAGAGUUGAAUGUUGCACAUGCUAAUGUACCUGUAACUAAAAUGCUAAGCAUCUUUUUGUUUUGUCAGAUAUAUUUUUUGUUUUCCUCCUUUUUUAAGUACUCAGAUUAGAGACCACUACAGUAACUGAAAACUAACUUUCAUUAUGAUGUGUGUGUGUGUGUGUGUGUGUGUGUGUGUGUGUUAGAGGUGCUUUAUUAAUAAGGCUGAAUGGAUUUGAAUUCUACACUGUAAGAGUGACUUAUGCUAACUGUUGCCUACAGAGGAGACAAAACAUACAAA